AUGAAGGUGGAGUUAGUGGUGGUGGUAGUGAUGGUGGUGGGGAUGGUAGCUGUGGAGGUGGUAGUGGUGGUGGUGUUGGUUGUGGAGGUGGUGGUGGAUGUGGAGGUUUUGGAGGAGAUGGUGGUGGUGGUGGAGGAGGUGGUGGUUGUGGUGGUGGUGGUGAAAGAUGAGGAGGAGGAGGAUGUGGUGGUGGUGGUGGCGGUUGUGGAUAUAGUGAAUGUGGUGGUGCAAGUGAUGGAGUUAGCUAAGGAAGUGGAGGUGGUGUCAUUUUUUAAAAUGAAUUAUGGUAUUUUGGGAAUUAAAAAAUACAUUAAGGGUUCAUCUCUACUUAUUUUGAAAGUAGCUUUGAAAAGCAAACCAGAGCCUGCUUUUAAAUGCUGCUGUCAAAAGGCCACUGCUUUUAAAAUAAUCGAGUCGUUUGUCUUUGAUAUCACUAUACAACCAUUGAAAGAAAAAUUACUCAAAGGUGAUUUUCAGAAUUCUCAACAAGCUCACAGAGAUAAAUUUAAACCAAGGAAUUAA